AUGAUCGCAGCGGACGUCACGGCCCUCCCACCCGGCGACUCGCCAGACCUUAUCCUGGUCCCCGCGACCCCCGCCGAACACAUCAAAUGCUUGAAACUGAACAGCGUCGCCUGGAAAGGACCCCUAGACAUUGACACCUACAUCGCGCGCGAGCACCACCUCGCCUCCCAGCGGCUCACUCGCGGCGGCCUCACAUGCUGGAUCCUGGUGCAGAAGGACGAGCCCGAGAACGAGCGCACGAUCCUGUCCUCAUGCGAAUCGUACCGGAAGAAAGCGCUCCUUGCGUAUGACGGGGCGGUUGAGCAGCUGGUGUCGUAUGGCGGCUACGCGAAGCGCAUGAUGGAGGAGCUAAGCGUGCGGUUGGAGAGCUGGAAGGUGGAGGGCGAGAAGAGGCAACGCGUGCUGUUUACGGUGCUGUACUCUGAUAUCGGGAAGAAAUUCUACGCGCAGUUUGGGUGGAAGCCUUUCCCGGCGGCGCAUAUGACGCUGAAGCCUGUGGCUCGGGAGGCAGGGAAUGGGGUGGGCGCGCAGACGAGGGCGUUGAAGGCGAGAGACGUGGAGAAAUUCAUGUGCAAUGAGGCGGUGUUUGUGAAGCUUGGUGGGAGGAUUAUGGCAUUGGGCGAGGAGGAGUUUUUUGCGGAGCGACUGCUACCUAGCCAUGAGCCGCCAGUGGUGAAGGGGGCUGGGAACGACCAGGCGCGGGUCUAUGCUACCUGGACUCGGACGUUUGGUGGCACGCCCAAGGAGAAUGUGCUGUACAUCCUUCGUUGGGUGUACGACGACCCUAGUUCGGCCGAGGAAGAGGAGGCAUUGGUCGAGGCUAUGGUUGGUAUCCUGCGACAGGCGCAAUUCGAGGCACAUGCAUGGAACAUGGCGAAGAUUGAAUUUUGGAACCCUGAGCCUUUGGAGGAAAAGGCCGUCAAGAUCCUCGAACCCGGGGCCGAGGUGGUACACCGUGAGAAGGAUAGCAUUCCUUGUUUGCGCUGGACUGGCGCAGAGCAAGGAUUUGGCGAGGAUGUGGAGUGGAUCUUGAACGAGAAGUACACAUGGUGCUAA